ACGUCACGACUACUUGGGCUUGGCCCUUCAAUAUAGGCCCAAAAAAAGAGCAGCUAUUCAUCUCUCUCCGUCCUUCUGCAGAACAUAACGCUCUGUUUCAGAAGAAACCCUAAUCUGCAAGUCUCGAACCAGCGUCGCUGUUUUCCUUGCCGUAGAACGUCCUAGCUCUGCCUUCCCCGCCAUCUUCGCCCUCUCUCUGAAAGCUUUUGCUCCAUUGCCUUCAUCGUGGACUGGAUACCAUACAAGUUUUUGAAGGAUGAAAUGCAUGUUCCAUGUUAUCGAUGGAAGGGAUAAAGUUAUGGCAAUGAACCAUGUUAGAUCGGUUAAAGGGAUCAUCGUUAGCAAGGAGGCAAUUGGGGUGAUAUGCCAACGAACAUAUUCUGCUGGUAAAGCAAAGAAGGGCUCUAAAGGGAGUGCGGCCAGUGAUGCACCAAAAGCUUCAAUUCUUAGCAAAGAAGUCAAGUCUACUACAGUGGUUGGUGCCAAUAUCCUCAAGGAUGGGGCAGACCCCAAGAUCCUGGCUGAUUCUGAAUACCCUGAUUGGCUGUGGCAUUUGCUCGAUAAAUGCCCAGCAUUGAGUGAAUUAAGGAGGAAGAACGUUGAAACUCUCCCUUACGAAGAUCUCAAACGCUUUGUUAAAUUGGACAACCGAGCAAGGAUCAAGGAAAACAACUCCAUUAAGGCUAAGAACUGAGAAAGAAAAUUGGUUAAGAGGCAUUAUUACCUUGUGAAGUGUGAUUCAUUUUUAUGUUCUGGGAUUCCUGUGAGUGAUUAACCUGGAUGUGUGGAAAUGGUCCAAUGGGAUCAGGACAGAGAUGAAGUGAUUGGCAUUUCUCUGUAGCUUCCGGCACUUUUUUGUUUACUUUCUAGAUUUACCAAGUUUAAUGGUGUAAAAAGACUUGGUAAAAAGAUCUGAUAUGUUGUCGCUUGCGAUGUGGCAGAACCCUACCAUGGUAUUUAUUACCUUUUGCUUAACAUUAUAAUGGGACUGGGUUGUACAGUCUCUUUGUGGUU